GAAGGGGAUCAGUCAUCAGUUCCGCCGUCGCAAUGGAAUCAAACAAGGACGAAGCGGAACGCUGCAUCGAAAUUGCAAUCGCAGCGUUGCGAGAUAAUCAACACGACAAAGCGAGACGUUUUUUGGAAAAAGCACAGAAACUGUUUCCCACCGAUAAGGUCAAAGCUUUACUAGAGUCUAUUGCUGAGAAUGAAGGACCUUCCACAAAUGAAGAAAACAUCAGAGAACAUGAUGGUGCUGGUUUACGAAACAGAAUGCACAACACAGAAGACCACUCCUCUGGACAUGGUGCCAAAGACUCAGCCAAACCAUAUACAUCAGAACAGCUAGAUGCCGUCAAAAGAAUUAAGAGGUGUAAGGACUAUUACGAGAUUCUUGGAGUCACUAAAGAGGCCAAUGAGGAAGAUCUAAAAAAAGCCUACCGAAAGUUAGCUCUGAAGUUCCAUCCAGAUAAAAACCAUGCGCCUGGUGCCACAGAAGCUUUUAAAGCUAUAGGUAAUGCUUAUGCAGUUCUUAGCAACCCCGAAAAGAGAAGACAGUAUAAUGUCUACGGAGAAGAAAAAGCCCAUCCCACUCGGCAGAGGACCCAUCACAGAAAUUUUGAGGCUGAUAUUUCCCCUGAGGACCUUUUUAAUAUGUUUUUUGGAGGUGGCUUUCCCACUAGUAAUGUGCACGUGUACAGCAAUGGCAGGAUGAGAUUUGCUCAUCACCAAAGACAUGAACGACGAGAACAGCAGAGAGAGGGUGGCCUUGCCUUGUUUGUACAGCUGAUGCCUAUACUCAUUCUGAUCAUAGUCUCAGCUCUCAGCCAGAUGAUGGUUUCCAGCCCCCCGUAUAGCCUCAGCCAUAGACCAUCCAUGGGCCACACGAACAGGCGACACACUGCCAUUCUGAAGGUGCCUUACUAUGUGGGCGAUCACUUCUCAGAGGAAUAUACAGGAAUGAAUCUAAAGAAUGUUGAACAAAGUGUCGAGGAGGACUACAUUUCAAAUCUGAGGAACAACUGCUGGAAGGAGAAACAACAAAAAGAAGGUUUGCUGUAUCGGGCACGUUAUUUUGGAGACUCAGACUUGUACCAAAGGGCGCAAAAAAUGGCAACACCCAGUUGCUCAAAGCUUUCAGACAUACAGGUUCUGUUACAUGGACACUGAGUAGCAAAAAGUAGUGUCCUGUGUUGAAGGCGUUCAAAGAUGAUUAUGUACAGAAAUGCUGUGCUAAACUGGGACAUUGCAUUGUACCUGUAGAAGAGGAGCAAAGAUGCUGGUGCAACAGGAGCUCAUAUGUCUCUCAAAAUUUGCGGAAAGUUGCAACUCCUGGAAGAUCUUAACAUUGAUUCAAAAUGCUACGAUUUAAGAAUGAAAAAUGGAACCUGCGGUGGUAGAGAGAAAGUAAACGGCUGUUUUUUGGUAAUCAAUGCUGCUAGCUUACUGCUUUUUUAUUUACAACUCUCUUCUUCUCAGAGCAUUUAUUCAACACCCAUAUUUGGGAUUCUGAGCCAACUGCAAGAUUUUAUUAGUGUUUUCGAUCUGUUUAUGACCACAGGAAAUUAAACCAUUACGCUGGGGUCAUUCAGCAUUUAACGAAUUGUUCACUGUGGUUUUGCCUGUUAGAUUUUUAAGAAGAAUGUUUAUGCAAAUGAGAAAAUAAUAUUUGUAUUUAUUAAAUGGUAUCAUACUAUAAAUUUUUUCCAUUUAAUUUAUUUCUUAAGAUAGAAAAUGACAGAAACGAGCAUUAAUUGUUAACAGUAUGUUGCAGAAGUGUAGAUUUUGGGUUUUAAAGCAUAUUCAAGUGCCUUGCCAGCUCCAGUCUUACUGUGUACUGUAACUCCCUGUAUACAUGUAAUAUAGAAAGGAAAAAACAUCAGAUUUUAGGCUGAUAUGUUCAGACCAGUUACCCACUAAACUACUAAUUUUCUUUACUUUUCCUCCAUUUCACAUUCAUUCUAUAUGACAUUUUAUGUAAAAUGUAAAUAGCCUGUAUGUACACAAUAUAGUUAUCCAAAAGACAUGAAAAGUAAUAAAUCCUCUUUCUAAAAUGUUUUAGUGUUUUAGGAAUUAUGCUUAAUUACUAUAUGAAUUUCUUAUCAUUUUAAACAUGGACUUGGUUCUUCAGAUUUAAUGGGUGCUUUAAUAUUCCAUCUGACAGUGGUAACCAAAAGUGUCAGUAUGUUUAAACGGUAAAAAUAUGAAGUGUGUGGUACAAAACACUAAACUUAAGUUGUUUAUUAAACAAAAGAGCAAACCGCAGCAUAACAGGGGGG